AUGGCAGAACCAGGUGCGAAGAGACAUAGGGAAGCUAAGAGCAGAGACAGAAUGGAUGGAAGACAGAGAGAGGUGACGACUUCUCAUGCUCAGAUUGAACAUAUAAUAAGACACAUAAAUCAAAUACAACAGAAAACAUGUCUACGGUGGGUAGAGAAGAAACUUCUAAAAGGUGUGCGGAAAUCAGUGGAGUUUGUCCACACUAAGAAGGACUCUCUGGACUGUUAUACAAGGGAGGUGGGUGAUGCCAAAUCAGAGAUAAGAUCUAUAAUAACUCUGGGGGAUGAUUGCUUCCCUAGGGAGUCAGUUAUACAUGAGAUGUUGCAUGCGUUGGGGUUUCUGCAUGAGCACCAGAGGAUAGAUAGAGACUGUUACGUCAUAGUUAAAGAAAAAUAUGCAAAAUCGGAUUUGGAUUUCAAAAUCGUCUACGACGACGAUGUGUUUGAGAAAUGGCCUUACGACAAACGCAGCAUAACACACUACACUCGUUUGAGCUACGCGCUUAGGGAUAAAGAUGAGCCGUUCGGUGGGCUCUUCUUUCAAUACCGACUAGGGGACUCCUUUGGAAGUUGGGGCCAGAUCGGACACAGGACAGGCCUCCUGACAUGUCUGGACGUGCACAAGAUCAAGUAUCGCUACUGCGGAGCUCCAGACUUCUGUGACAUACAACCGAAAAUGUGUAAGGACACUGAAGAAGAAGAAGUGAAGUCGGGAUGCAAGGAGCUUUAUGUAGACAUAGCCAAAAACAAGGUCAAACCGAACCCCACGUAA